AUGUCGAGUCUGUCCACGUUUUCUUCCAAGCCAAAUGCAAAGCCUCCUCAGAAGGGAAGCUUUCCCCUGGACCAUGACGGGGAGUGUCGGGACUUUAUGGUCAGAUAUAUGAGGUGUCUGAUGGUGAAUAAGAAAGACACGACCCAGUGCCGCCAAGAGUCCAAGGACUACCUCAGCUGCAGGAUGGAGAGAAACUUGAUGUCCCGUGAAGACUGGAAGAAACUUGGUUUUCAUGAUGAAGGGGGGCAAACGUCAGAAGAAGCAUAA